CAGGCCAAGCGUGGUAGAACUGGCGGGGAUUGGGAAGACAGCCCGUCGAUCUUCGAGGAGGAACUCGCCCUGUUCGAAGAAGCCGAUAUGGAGGCGGAGGAGAGGGAAGGACAGGCGGGGCAUGACGUCAUCCCUGUUGGUGAGCUGUUCUCUGCUGACCUCAACCCCCGAUGGCGUAGGCCGCAGGCCGCCCCUCUUAACCCGGACUCUGACACCCUGGUCUUCCAACAGAUUGAUCUCGACUACUAUUUAGGGGCUGUUGUGGCUGGCAUGCCAGGUCAGUCUCAGGGAAUGUACCAAUAAUCCGCAUGUUUGGGGUGACUGACAGCGGGAACAGUGUGUGCUGCCACGUGCACGGCUUUGCCCCCUAUUUCUACAUCCCUGCCCCCAAUGGGUUCACCAGUGAUCACUUGAGUGAGUUCAAAAGGGAGCUUAACUCUGCUGUGCUGAAGGACAUGCGCUCCAACAAGGACAACAUAUCGGUCACUGUGCUGGCGGUGGACAUCACACGCAAAGAAAGUAUGUAUGGUUACCAUGGGAAACGGAUUGCGGACUUCCUGUGCAUCACUAUGGCAAUGCCUCGUCUGAUUGCCCCGGCGAAGAGGCUCCUGGAGCAGGGAUUUAAGUUUGGACCUUUCCCCAUUCAGAGCUUCUCUUCCUACGAGGCUAACAUCGACUUUGAGAUCAGGU